AUGCAUCUACCUGAUAAUAAUCCCAAGCUCAGCAUGUCGCUCCCCGAAGAGCAGCAGGAAGACACUAGCUCUAGCAUGAUAUCCUCUGGAGCGCAACCAGAGAAGCUCAGUAUUGAGAAGAAGUUGGCGUUUGAACAGCUCAGGAUCAAGGCCGCGCGAGGAGAACAAGGACUGAAGGAGAUCACCUACCUCAACGUCACAACCUCGCCUCUCCUCCUUCUCCCAGCUGAAAUCAGGAAUAUGAUCUUCGCCCUUGCUCUCGAUCAUCAAGAUAUCUUGAUACUUAAUGAGCGUAUAUACAACGAGAUCCGAUCACCAGUCAAUCUGCUCCACGUUUGCCGCCAAAUCCAUGCCGAGACGGCGCUUCUGCCCUACAAACUCAACUUUUUCGCGGUAGCCAUCUGGGAAAGACGGUUGUUGCCAUUCCUCGAGCGCCGGACACAAGCUCAACGUGAUGUCAUGACAGACCUACCGGAUUUCCAGAUCAUAGACACUGCGAACGAGUUGCUCGCCAUGAGGAAGCGCAUUGAGUAUGACGGAAUUUUUGCGCUGGCAAUUGAGAGGAUCUUGAAGGAUAUGAAUGCCAGGCUGUCAGCUUAA